UCGAUCAGCUCAAAGGAAAAGACAACCCUUGCAGCACCCUCGCUAGACAAGCAAGUCAUACCAAACAAAGGUUCUCAUCUCCACCACCUACACAGAAUUAUGCACAACUUUGCAACAACUCUUAUCAACAGUAGAUAUGCCUUUUAUACUGUUCAAAAUAUUGUGCGUAAUGGUCCCCAAGGAAGCCGGUCAUUCCACCCAUUGCAGUCUACUUUCAUUGAAGAGCUUAAUGACCAGUGCACAAAAGCACAUUUGGAGACACUUGCCAAAUGUAAUAUCCAGGUUGUCAGUGUCCUCAAAGCAAAAAAUGCCUAUUUUCCACCCUAUGAAAUAUCUUGCUCAACGUGCCACCACUCCCUACCAUUUGAUGUUGCAAUUGACAUGGACUUUGUCCAUUGCACGUAUUGUAACGCUGACACACAAACCUCUUGCCACCAUAACAUACUUUGCACAUUGAAUACACAAGAAGGCAACAUCGACUGCUCCUUGCAAGGAGACAUACUUCAACAAACUUACCCAGAUAUCACAGAUAUAACAUAUGAACAAUACCAACAAGACAUCUCACCAAUGGUCUUUAUGUUGCACAGGCUCCACGUCUAUGGCACUUUCACAUUAGCUGUGAACAACACCAUUAUUAAUAUUGUCAAGCAAUAG